AUGAAAAUGAAAAUAAAUUAUGCUCCAGAUAACAGUUGCAUUGAAUUAUUGUUCAUCGAUCGGUCCGAGCAAUUCUGCAGCCUUCUCCGCGUCAUUCUCCUCAUCGCCUCCUUCUUCUUCUUCGCCUUCGCCUUCGCCAUCUCCUUCCCCUUCUCCUUCACCUUCUCCUUGAUCGUCACCGCCGCCUUCACCUCCACCUUCCCCUUCUCCCUCCGCCUCCUCUUCAUCUUCAUCCUCUUCGAGAGCUCCUUCCUCUCCAUCAUCAUCCUCGUCAUCAACACUUUCACCUUCUAUCUCUCCUUCUUCUUCGUCCUCAACAUCUUCACCUUCUUCAUCCUCUACUUUCUCCUCAUCAUCCAUCUCUUCGACAGCUUCCUCUCCCAAUUCAUCUGA